UUUUUCAUUCUGCCAAAUUGUUUUUGUUUCCACUUUAACAGUUCUUUCUGACAUGCCGAGGGACAGUACCACCAAACCAACCUAUACUGCGUAAAAAGCAAAGCAUAACAAGAGAGAGAGAGAGAGAGAGAGAGAGAGAGAGAGAGAGAAAUAAACACCAUUGUUCACAUAACACAGAGAUCUAAAACCAACAUGGGGUGAACUUGUUUUUCGCUGAUACUGUUUAUUUGGAACAGAACAAUGGCUUGUUCAACUUUUUAUUUUUAUUUUUCUUACUGAUUCCCGUGUGUCAAACGUUUGUUCAUUCACUCUUGGAAUUCGAGACUUGAGAGCUUAACUCAUCAGAAGCAGCAAGGGACAUUGAUUGUGUUAUUGUGUUAAAGUGAUUCUGGUUUUUACUUCACCGAAUUUGUUCUCGAGAAAAGUUCUCGAGACAGCGGUGGUAGUAAUGGCGGCUCUGUCCUACGACGAUUCUAAAACAAAGUAUUCGUGGUGGUGGGACAGUCACAUAAGCCCCAAGAACUCAAAAUGGCUCCAAGAAAAUCUGACAGAUAUGGAUGUCAAGGUGAAGCAAAUGAUCAAGCUUAUCGAAGAAGAAGCGGAUUCCUUUGCCAGAAGGGCGGAAAUGUAUUACAAGAAGCGUCCGGAGCUUAUGAAAUUGGUUGAAGAGUUUUACCGGGCAUACCGAGCUUUGGCUGAGAGAUAUGAUCAUGCGACUGGAGUGAUACACCAAGCUCAUCGUACCAUGGCCGAAGUAUUUCCUAAUCAAGUCCCACCAGUACCGGUGGAUGAUUUACAUGCUGUUUCUUCCAUGGAGAAUGAGCCGCAUACGCCAAAUACUACCCACCGUUCACAUGAGUAUUCUGACUUGGGUGAAUUGCAAAAGGAUGCUUCUGCUCAUUUUCAUGGUAUCAAAAGGAAUGGAGCUUAUACUGAUGAAACAGAUACUGAAAUAAGCAGAAAGGGUUUGAAGCAGCUCAACGAACUCUUCAUGUCAGGAGAAUCAGUGAGUCAUGCAAUGUUUUCCGAAGGGCGUGCUAGAAGGGGGCUCAAUUUUCUCGACGCUGAGGAGGAUAAUGGACUAAACAAUGGAAGCCAUGAUACUGGGAAUCAGGCCCUAUCGGAUUCCGAGCGGAUGACCAGAACCGAGACAGAAAUUUUGGCAUUAAAGAUAGCCCUUGCUAGACUGGAAAAUGAAAAGGAAGACGGCUUGAUUCAGUAUCAGCAGAGUCUGGAGAGAUUAAAUAAUCUGGAAUCCGAAAUGUAUCGUGCAAGAGAGAAUUCUCAAGGACUUGACGAACGAGCUAGCAAAGCUGAAGCUGAAGUGCAAACCUUGAAGGAAGCCCUUGCUGAAUUGCAGGUUGAAAGAGAAAAUAAUCUUCUUCAGUACCAGCAGACCUUAGACAAAACAUGUAAUCUGGAGAAAAAUAUUUCUUCGGCUCAAAAGGAUAUAGGAGAACUUAAUGAACGAGCUACCAGAGCUGAAACUGAAGCCGAGUCCUUAAAGGCAGACCUUGCUAGAUUAUAUUCUCAAAAGGAAGCUGCAAUUUUUCAGUAUAACCAAUCCUUAGAGACAUUGUCAAAACUGGAGGAGAAAUUAGUACACGCCGAGGAGAACGCAAGGAGCACUAAUGAGCAAGCUAGAAUAGCUAAAAAUGAAAUUGAGGACAUGAAGUUAGAAAUCGGUAAACUCACCAAAGAGAAAGAAGAUGCGGCUCUUCGUUAUCAGCAAUGCUUGGAGAUAAUUUCUAGUUUGGAGCAUAAACUCUCUUGUGCCCAAGAGGAGGUGCGUGAGCUAAAGUGCAAGAUAAUUGAUGGGGCUGAAAAGUUACAUAUUUCUGAACAAAUGCGUCUUCUCUUGGAAACAUCGAAUCAGACUCUACAGUCUGAAUUGCAGUCUUUGGCACAGAAGACAGGGUCUCAAAGUGAAGAACUUUGCGAGAAGCAGAAGGAAUUGGGUAGACUUUGGACUAGCGUACAAGAGGAGAGGUUGCGAUCCAUUGAGGCUGAAACUGCUUUCCAAACGCUUCAGAGUUUGCAUUCUCAAUCUCAGGAAGAUCUUAGAUCUCUUGCUACUGAGCUUCAUAGUAAGAGUGAAAUUCUGGAGAAAAUGGAAUCACAUAAGCGGGCUUUAGAGGAUGAAGUACACAAGGCCAAGGAGGAAAACAAAAUUCUAAGUGAUUUCAAACUGUCUUCAUCUUCGUCUAUAAAUAAUUUGCAAGAUGAGAUAUUAAAUCUGAGGGAGAGGAUACAUAAACUUGAACUGGAAGUUGGACUGCGAGUGGAUGAAAGUAAUGCUCUUCAGCGAGAAAUUUACUGUCUUAAAGAGGAGCUUAAUGAUUUGAAAGUAAGACACGAAUCCACAAUGGCAGAGGUCAGAUCAACAGGCUUAGAUCCACAGUGCUUUGCCUUAUCUGUGAAGACACUGCAAGAUGAAAACUCAAAGCUGAAGGAAACAUGCGAGGCUGACGAAAGUGAAAAAGCGGCUCUGAAGGAAAAACUGGAUAUCAUGGAGAAGCUUAUGGAGAAAAAUGCUGCUUUGAAGAGUUCCGUUUUGGUUUUGAAUACUGAGCUGGAGAGUGUCAGAGGAAGGGUAAAGGUAUUGGAAGAAACUUGUGAAUCCUUGAUUGAGGAGAAAACCACUCUUGCUGCUGAGAAGGCAACCUUGUUUUUUCAGUUGCAAACCAAAGCAGAAAAACUGGAGAAGCUCUCAGAAAAAAACAACAUUUUAGAAAAUUCACUGUUUGGUGUGAAUGCUGAGCUUGAAGGAUUAAGGAUGAAGUCAAAGAUUUUAGAAGAGACUUGUUUGUUGCUUGACCAUGAGAAGUCUAGUCUCACCUCUGAGAAAAAAACCCUAGAUUCGCAAUUGAUCGUGACUCGUCAAGCACUGCAAGAUCUUGAGAAACAACGUAGUGAAUUGGAACUGAAAUAUUUGGAACUAAAAGCGGAAAGAGAGUCUGCACUUCAAAAGGUUGAAGAGCUACUGGUUUUAUUAUAUGCAGAGAGGGAAGAGCAUACCAGAACUGUGCAAUUGAAUGAAGGUCACUUGGUUGAGAAGGAAUUUCAAAUUCAUAUUCUACAAGAAGAUGCAAAUUACCAGAAAAAGGAAUAUGAAGAGGAACUGGACAGAGCUGUACACACUCAAAUGGAAAUUUUCAUCUUGCAGAAAUGUAUUUGUGAUUUGGAGCAAAAUAACUUCUCCCUACUAGUCAAGUGUCAGAGACUCUUGGAGGCAUCCGAAAUAUCUGACAGAUUGAUAUCUAAAUUGGAGAAUGACAAUGUUCAGAAGCAAGUUAAUGAAAAUUUGUUGUCUGUGAAAAUUAGAACACUAAGGAUUGGGCUGCUUCAGGUGUUAAAAACUCUUGACAUUAAUAGCAAGUGUUUGUCUGAAGAUAAUGUUAAAGAAGACCAGGAGCUUCUGACCCACAUACAUGAGAACCUUCAAGAGAUGCACAAUUCUUUUAUUGAAGUUUUUCAUGAAAACCAGCAAGCAGCCAUUGAGAAUUCAUAUCUUAAGGAGUCAUUUGUAGUGUCAAACACUGAACUAAAAUUAGUCGAAUUUGUCAAUGAUCGAUUAAAUUGUCUGAUUAGGAAUGGAAAGGAAUUGUUGUCUCAAAAGGAAAAUGAGAUUUUGGAAGCAGCAGAGAUGUUUAGUGCUUUGCAGGAUGAGAAAAAGGCAUUGCAAAAAUUGGUGGAAGAUCUGAAGAGUAAGUAUGAAGAGGCGAGGGUGAUACUUGAAGACCAAGCUAGUGAAAUUUUGAAAUUUUCCUCAGACAAGGAUUGCCAAAAUGAAGAGCUUGGAUACCUUUGUGAAGUGAACAAGAAGUUGGAGGCAGAAAUGAGGAACCUGCAUCAAGAACUUGGAGAAAUUAAACUGAGGGAAGAAAGGCAAAGUUAUGAAUUACUCAAGGGAGCAGAUGAGAUUGAACAGUGGGAAUCUCAGGCUGCCACAUUCUAUACCGGGAUGCAAAUUUCUACUGUCAAUGAGACAUUCUUCGAAGGGAAGGUCCAUGAGCUAGCCGAUGCAAGUGAGAAUCUUGAAUGCAGAAGCAGCUUUGAAGUUAUGGACAGUGAAAAGCUGAGAGAAAGAGUUAACAAGUUGGAAGGUGAAAACAAGAGAUUAAGGGGUCAGUUGGCUGGUUAUGUCACAGCUGUUAGUGGUUUGAAUGACUGUAUAACAUCCUUGGAGAUGCAGACACUUGCACAUGCACAACCUCAUGACUACAAAGAAUCAAAGAUUAAAAAGUUGGUGAAUAAUAAAUACGCUGAAGGUGAUCCACGAACAAGUGAAGAUCAAAAUGCUACAGAAACAGAUGCACUUCCAGACUUCCAAGACAUGCAGAAAAGGGUUAAUGCUAUAGAAAUGACAGUUAAAGAGAUGAAUGAAAGUUUCAAGCCUAGGGAUGAAAUGAAAGAGAUUCAAGUGUUGAAAUCUGGAAUCAGCUGGCGCCAAGGAAAUGCUCAACUGAUCAAGCAUUCUACUCAAAUGGAUGAAGCAAAGGAGCAUCAAUGUAUAGCUUUUUAUGGACAUAAGACAGGAAAAUCAUUGCAAGAUGUUCCUGUAACAGAAAUUGAAGUUCUGCCAAAAGACAUCAUGCUUGAUCACAAGGCUGAAUGUUCAUCAUAUAGGAUAAGUAGGAGAGGAGCUCAUGAGUCUGGUGAUCAGAUGCUUGGAUUGUGGGAAACUGCCAAUAAGGAUGGCAUUAUUGGCCUGACAGUCGGCAAGGCACAGAAGGACACUGCCCCUACUGGAUACCAUAAAAGGGAAUCCAAAAACAAAUUUCCUUCGGUAGAGUCCUUGAUUGAAAAGGAGUUGAGUGUGGACAAAUUAGAGAUCUCAACACAGUUGCAACCGCUGCUGCCUGAAGGCAAUAAGAGGAAGGUUUUAGAAAGACUUGAUUCAGAUGCUCAAAAGCUGAUGAACCUUGAAAUCACUGUACAUGAUUUGAUAAACAAAAUGGAAAUUAUUGAGAAGAGCGCACAGGGAAAAGGUAUCGAGUACGAUGUGGUUAAAGGGCAGCUUGAAUCUGCUAAGGAGGCCAUCACAAAGCUGUUUAAUGCCAACCGCAAGUUGAUGAAGAAUGUAGAAGAGGGUACAUCAUAUUUUUCUGGGAAAUCAAUAACAGUGUCGGAUGAGAGUGGAAGUGGAAGUAGAAGGAGAGUUUCAGAAAAGGCUCGAAGAGGAUCUGAAAAAAUAGGACGGCUGCAGUUGGAGGUGCAGAGGCUGCAAUUUUCACUUCUAAAAUUGAAUGAUGACAAAGAAGGAAAAGGAAAAGGAAAAGCAAUGAUUGACGAUCAAAAUCCAAGAGUCCUUUUGCGAGAUUAUCUCUAUGGCGGGACAAGGAAAAGCUACCUCAAUAGGAAGAAGAAAACAUCCUUUUGUGCAUGCAUACAGCCUCCAACUAAGGGAGAUUGAGUCGGCAAGAUUUUUAGCGUAGUUUAAAAUAUAUGGGGCAAAUGAUAAAUUAGCUUUCUUCUCUGUAAAUUUUCCUUUAAAGUCUAGACAUGUUUCAAGACCCUGCAUUUUUUCUCCAAUGGAGAGGAUAUGGGGUUCAUGUAACAUUUAGAUCCUAUUGUACAUGUAGUGUACCGUUCACUCACUUGAAGAGACUAUAGGAUGGAAAUUUCACCAUUUCACUUUCUGAAUCAUCCCUUCCAUCUUAUUUUAUUCUUGGUUAAAUGAGUAGUUAUUGCUUGGCUAGUACCAUUUUUACCAUGGUGGUGCCAUGCAAUUAUCUUCCUUUUUUA